CUGCGAUUACAUUGAUACGUCAUCUUAAUGAUAUGAAACUUGUGUCCAUGUGUCAGGAGCAAGCAUGCAUUUCGCAUCCUUUAUUUUUAGCUUCCGAAAGAUAGCAAUAAGCGUAUUCAUUAAUUAGAAUCAGUGGAAAUAAUUUCACGUAUACGUUUAAUGAGCUUUAAAGAUGGCGCUUUCGUAUUUGACAUGUAUAUGUAGUAAAGUGCUCGGUUGACACAUGAAGGGGUUAUAUUUCUUCGAGCCUCUUGUAGUGUUCAUAUUAUCCGCGAAUUUAUCAUAAGAAUAUUUUCAACACAAUUUCGCCACGAAAGACGCUGAGAAAUCUAUUAGUGAAGCCCACACUCGCCAAGUUUUGGUGAAUGUUUUUAAAGUAACAAGCAGUAACAAGCUUCUAUGACAGUAGAUUGUCAAAAAGCUUAAGGGAAGGCAAUGGGUGCAACGCCAAGUCGGUACGAUGAUCUGUCCAAGAAUAUUUAUCUGGAGAGAUUCUGUGGGAAGAAAGGCAUUCUUCCUAAUGAUCCUUUUUGGGACACUUUCCUUUCCUACAAUGUAAGACCACCCGUUACCAGGAAUGAUCAAAUAGAGCUAGACUCCCGGUUGGAUUCCUUGUGCCAGCAAUUGCUCGCCAAUAAUCUAACCACUGGGAAUCUUGGAGCUUUGAUACAAGUUGUUCUUACUCGCACUAGCAACUUACUUGCAUCCGUGCAAAAUCAGAAAAUUAUAUCGGCUUGGCAAACUUACAAUGCACUGUUCGCUGUAAGAUGUAUAUUAAAAUAUCUAAUCGAAACAGUUGGGGAAGAAGAAAUGGUGAAACAUAUUGAAGCGCCCGAGCUACCCGUACUAUCGCAAUCGAACUCGUCGUACAGAUUAGAGGAGUUCUUCGAGGCGUUAACGAACAUCAUAACGGAUGUUCCAUUGUGUGAAUUUACGUACGUCGUUCACCUGGAAGCGAUAAACUGUUUGCUGGUUUUGCUCUCUGUGCAAUUGUUUUCGCAAACCGCGGCAGAAUACAGCAGCAUUUACAGAAUAGCCAUGCAUUCGCAUUCCAGUGAACGCGCACCAGCGGUGGUGUGCACGUUACUGCACAAUUUUGUGCAACAGGAACACGCUCCGCCUGGGUUGCUCACGCAGCAGGCAGGAGGGAGCAUUGUUUUCAGUAUAGCUGCUGGAUUGUGGAACGUGAUAACGAUGGGUAUGGGUAGCAGUUUAAAGAACGUUCAAGUAACGAGUAAUGGCAUUUCCGAAGAGGAAGAAAGAAAGCGAGAUACGGAGACUCCUCUUGCUAGUCAGUCUCUGUUGUUGCUAUUGGUUCUAACGAACCAUUGCACCGCUACGCAGAACCCAUACAGAAAUGCACUUUUUUCAUUUGUGGGCAUGGAAGAAGACUGUAAUUCAACGCAAGCGAAAAACGCAUUUAGGUUUAAUUUGAAUAAAUUGUACAAUACUGUAUGUAAAAUACCAAACACGGACGAAGUCACGUUGUUGUUGUAUAUGUUACUGCAUAGAAAUUCGAGCGUGAAGCAAGACAUCAUGCGAAGCCCAGAUAUACAACUAUUGGUAACGCCCAUAUUGCAAAUAUUGUAUCACGCUCCAAACAACACGUCUCAUCACAUUUACAUGUCCCUCAUCAUUCUUUUAAUUCUGAGCGAAGAUGAAACGUUUAACAAGAGAAUACAUGAAAUCAUGCUCAAAGGUGUCAGUUGGUACACGGAGAGAUCCAUAAGUGAAAUAUCCUUAGGCGGGCUGCUGAUCCUUGUCGUCAUCAGGACGAUACAGUAUAACAUGUUCAAAAUGAGGGACAAGUAUCUACACACGAAUUGUUUGGCAGCGUUAGCGAACAUGUCUGCGCAAUUCACGUCCUUGCAUCCUUACGUUAGCCAAAGAUUGUUAAGUUUAUUCGAAACGCUCGCGAAGAAGCAUGUCAGAUUGGAAACGAAGAUACGGGCGCAGCCCUCGGUUCCUUCUGACAGUACAUCUAUUACAGUGAAUGGAACCACCGCAAACACAGACUUGAUUCAAGAUCUGACGAUUCUCGAAGAAGUUCUGCGGAUGGUGUUAGAAAUCAUAAAUAGCUGUUUGACUUAUAGGCUCGCGCAUAAUCCAAAUUUAAUAUAUACACUUUUGUAUAAGAAAGACAUUUUUCAACCGUUCAGAACGCAUUCAGCGUUUCAAGAUAUCGUGCAAAACAUAGAUUCUGUCAUAAACUUCUUUUCUUACAAAUUGGAGCAAAAGGAUCAGUCGCAGCUCGGCGUCAGCCAAGUAUUAACCACGAUACAGCAAGGCACCAGUGAAUGGCCACGCGAUCGAUUAAGGAAGUUUCCAGAAUUGAAGUUCAAGUACGUGGAAGAAGAACAGCCAGAAGAAUUCUUUAUUCCUUACGUGUGGAGUGUUGUUUGUCAAAGCGCGCUGUUGCAUUGGAGCGCGGAGAAUAUAAAAUUGUUUUCACCUCACAGCGGAGAGCAGACGACGAUUAUAGUUUGCUGAUAUCGAGACAGAAGCUGCUGCUCGCAGUAACUAUACUAUAGAAACAAAUUACGAAAUAUUCGACGCGACAUUUCGUAACGGGACACUUAUUUGAUAUGGAAAGAGAACACUAUUUUGAUUAUUUAUUGUAAAAGUAAAGGAAGAUGGAGAAUAGACCAAAAUUGUUUAAAAUAUAUGUUCGCUUUACGUUUGGGAUCUAUUUAAUGGUAUUUGUCACCUUCGUCAGGGCGUUCUGUUCGAGUUAAUAUCUUAUUUUGUAAAAUACUGUCCGUUUGUUCAGGUUUGACAUAACAGGUAAAUUUAAUCAAAGAAUGGUGUAAUGUGUAAUACGUGAGCCUAAUUAAGAGUAUAAUUAUUGUAAAGCGUUCGGAAUGAUUCCAACUUGUCCCCCAGAGGCGCAAUUUUCGAAUGUACAUCUUUAUUAAACAAAUACAGUUGACGUCUUAAUAAUUA